AUGGUCACCAUUUGAAUUUAAACUUUUCAGCUAAUACUGGGGAUAUGAACAUUGCAACAGAAACUGUGAAGUUGGUAAAGAAAAUUAUUAAAUAGUUAUGUUUAUUGAAAAUUAAUUUGAGUUAAUUGACAUAGUGGUAUGGUUUUGUAAUGAAGAAUGAUUUAUGAAAGAAAACAUUAAGUGCCACUAUGGUAAUAUCUAAUGAGUAUCAAUUGAAUCGAUAAAUUUUAAUACAAAAACUUAUAUUAACUGUAUUUGGUGUAAAUAUUUGGCUUGUAAAGAGUAUAUUUAUUACAUAAAGUAAUGUUAGAGGUAUUUCACAUAGAUUUUGAUGACUUUAUAUUUGGCUAGAUUUAUUGGGUUUUCCAACUGUGCCUCGUCUUCUCCCUAAUAUAGAAACAGUUCCAAAGAAGGACAGAAAGUUUGGUUACAAGAAAAAUGAUCAAAGAUUUCCAAUACGAAGAUUUCCCAAUGACAAGCAUCAUGUUGAAUCUGAUUUGGUGACCUUGACCCCAGAUGAACCACCGCCCCCGCCGAAACCUGCUAAGAAUUUCAUCAUGCGAAACAAAAAGAAAGUGACUGCUCAGAAAGAGCCACCCAGUACUGUCACAUUAACUCAGGAGCAGUUGAAUGCUAUACUACGAUCUGUGGGUAAAGUUGCCGGAGGGAGUGAAAAUGCUGUCAAAAUAACUGUUGAUAAACACAAUGAUACAAAAGAGAUAACAGUAGAAUCACCACGGCGACAUGAUCGGGACAACCAAGAUGAUAACGAUGAUGAUUACGAUGAUCGUAAAGAAAGAAGGCGGAAAAAGAAGUCAGAUAAAAAGCAGGAGGAUCAGUCUCAUAGCAUUUAUUCACUCAUGGAAGGCAAAAGUAAACCAAAGGCCACUUCAGAUAAUGAGAGUAUAAAUAGUGAUGACAGUUUAGAACUGCGGAGAUUAACAAAGAAAUAUAAGAAGAGAAAGGAACGAAGGUCUCGGAGACAGGAAGAAGAAGAGGAGGAUGAUCGUCGAGUUUCUGAUAAAAAUCGCAGAAAUAAAGACAUUGAUAUAGAUGAUGACGAUAAUUUGCGAGAGAAAAGAAACCGACGGUCUCGCGGUGACACUUUACAAGAUGCAAUUGAUAGAGAAAUUGCUGAACUAAGACGGGCAAAUAAGUCCAAGGUUAAAGACAUUGAUAAUGAUAGUGACUAUGAAAAAGAGAAUAGACGUAGACGGAACCGCUCAAAACAUCGUGACUCGGAUGAUGAAGAGGCUGACAGAAGUUACGAACGGAAAGAUAAUUCAAGAAAACGUGAUAAUUCCAAGGAUAGGAAAGGAAAAAGAUCUCGGAAUAAAAGUGAAGAAAGGGAUUUAGACAUUCAUAAUACUAGUAAUAAUAAAGAGGAGGAAGGAUUAUUUCCGUCUCCGAGGGAUAAAAUCGGUCUCCCUAUUGAUUUAUCAUGGAGACAUAUGACAAAAGCUGAAAGACGAAGACUUGAAAUGGCGAGACAAAAAGUACUUGAUGAAGAGGAAAGAAAAGAAGAAGACAGAAUUAAAAAACUUAACUCGCAAUAUGACCCUGAGGAAUCUUUCAAAAAACCACCGCAGCGUCAUCAGCCAACCCGCUCAGAUCCACCAGCAACUCGUCAGACUAGAUAUGACCGGGGUCGGGACACGGAGAACAGUAACUACACAGAUGGUAACCGACGUGGUCGAAGAUCAAGGUCACCUUCAGACCAAAGGUCACCUGAUAGGUCACCCGACCUGCCUUCCUAUACAACCCCGGAUACCAGUCCAAAAGCACCCGUUGGUAUACCUAGACGUCAUAUGACUCUGGCAGAGAAAAAACGACUCGAGUGGGAGAAAGAUCGAGUGGAGUCUGUGCAACUUGAACGUGCAGCAGCUAAUAAUGAUCCUUGGGGUCGCCCAGGAGCAGGAGCUCCAAUUCGUACGCGGUCCGGGCAUGUGGUGGCUGAUUACAAAGGAAGACAGGAUCACAUACACAAUGAGGCUAUCCCUGAGGAAGAAACAUCAUCAGAGACCAAGAAACCAGCCGAGCCAAGCUCGAGACCCCCAGAGACACGAAAACCACCUAGAGGAAGGUCUCCACCUUCGCACACCCAGCAGCCAGGGCUAGAUAAAAACGUUCCUAUAACUAUGAGGAGUUCUUUUGUUUUAGGGCAAGCAGCUCCUGAUUUUGAUAAACUGACAAGUGCUAAAGAAAGGGAGAGAAAACAAUGGCUUGCAGACCUAGAGAAACAGAUUGAGGAGAAGAAACAACAGGAGUUAAGACAAAAUAAUCACAAAGACGAGUCAACGUGGGCGGAUAAAUUUAGUCAGCACCAGCCCGCACCUUUCCCGGAGCAACCAAGGGAGAUUGGACAGGGAGAUAAGUUAAACACAAGUAUAGAUCAUGUAACUGGGUUACUGGAUACUGGUCGUGUACAUAGUGCCCCGGAAGGAGAUCCCGAUGAGCAUGCCUCCCAUAUCCGAGGCCAGAAUGCACCCAUUGACCCUGUCACAAAGAAGGAACUAGAGGAUAAGCGUAGAAGAUAUUUAGAACAUCAGGCUGCUGUAAAAGCCCAGGUAGAAGAGAAGGAGAAUUUGAAGAGAAUGGAGAGAGAAAGAAAAAUGAAGGAAGAUAUGGAAGAGGAAAGGAAACUCAAACAGGAAAGAGAAGCUCUGCAGAAACAGUUUGAUAAUGAACAACAAAAACAGAAACAAAAAGAGCAACAACGACAGCAACAGGUAAAUCAGCUUAAAGCAGCCAUGGAUGAGGCACAGGCCCAGGCCUUACAGGAGAAAUAUCAACGUAGGAUGCAACACCUAGAGGCUGGUGGUCACGAUACCAAAAAACUACGGGAACAUCUUGAAGGGGAGAUAACAAGUAGAAUAGAGCAGUUACACACCCGACGUGAACGUGACGUUGAACGUGCCCGUCAGCUUCUUGAGUUGCGGCACUGGGGCGUUACAAUUGAGGAGGAGGAAGAUCAGAAUCAGUCUCGUUCUGAGCCACCCAGCGAUGCGAAGAUCACACCUAGAGAUGAAAACCAGUCUGCGUUGGACUCUUCGCACAUUCCAGGGCUCGACCUCGGCACGGCAAGGAAUUAUCACCCAGCGCAGAUGCAAACAACCCGUCGGGAUCAGGCCCAGGGGAAUUACAGUCAAGCUCAAACUCAGGGUCACUACAGUCAUGCUCAGCAUGAACCGUACACAGAGGAUAGGGUAUUGACGCCUAGUCGAUUCAGGCACCCGUCCAAACCUUGGAGUGAUCCGGGCUCCCCACGGCGGGAGUUCGGGACUCAAACUGGUAAUCAGAAUGACUCUGCCUCAGACUUAGAUGGAGAUGAUGUAACAAAUCUGUUGAAUCCCCGCCUACAACGUGAUAACAGUGAAGUGAAUAUCCAGUACCGUUAUGAGAAAGGUAAGAAAGUCAGGGUAAUAAGUGCACCGAAAGAAGCCAUUGAAAGGAGGUCAAGGCCACAGAAGAAACCACAUCCACCCCCGUCUUACAGAGAGCAUUCAAGUCCACAUGAACACCAUCAUGAGGUCAAAGAUAAAAGGGAUAUGGAGGAGGAUAGAAGAAAAAAGAGGUUAGAGGUUCAACGCCGAAAAGGUCCGGUUAAACCGGGUAGCCGUCCGAUGUGGGGUUACAAAAAUCCAGAGAGUAAGAAACCGAAAAAACAGUCUGAGAGAGAUCCAUUUUUUGAGCAAAAAAAGCGGGAAAGUGAAAUGAGGAGGUUAAAACGUGAGCAAAAACUUCUUGCCAUGGUGGAAGCCAAUAAACCUGUGAUUCCCGAUUAUUAUGUGCCUCCACCUAAAUCCUCUCGUUCAAGGUCUCGGGAUCAAUCCCCGUUCUCAGAUGUGGAAAUGGCUAGUCCGCGUCAAGUACACCCAGGUCGUAGGACAAAGUCUCAUUCUCCAAACAGAUUGGUGCUACAAGGUGAAACUGACAAUUAUUAUGGUCAUGAAGAUCAUCACGGUCAAGGAGAUCAGCGUGAUAGAAGAACUGAUAAGCGACGAAAUCAAAGUAAAUCUCCAACACCCAGAGGCAGGGCAGACUCCCCGCCUCAGGAGAGAGGUAAAACAAGAAAUACCUCACCCCCUGUGCCUGCUCUUAGACAUAGAUCUGAUAAUCAAAACACAGAUACAGACUCUAAAAAUAAAAAAGGCGGGAAAUAUUGGGAUUCUGAUCCCCUAGAAGCCCCUAUUCCAGAUGGAGACUUUAUCCCAUUUACACGAACAAUAGAUGUUCUUGACCCAACAAAAGCUGAGGAACCAGUGCCUUUGUCAAGGGAAGCAACUCGUGUAGCAAAUGCACGUAGAGCAUAUUACGAAGGGCUGCAUCCAGAAAAAUUUGGUAAUCGUCAAUAUGUGUUUCAAGAUAAGCACAGGGUGCUACCUGGUACAGAGAAUGGAGGAAAGAAUCCACUGAUGAACCCUAGUCUUGUGUUGGAUCACCCAACUACCCGUCAAGAUCAGAUAUUGGUGCAACUUUCAACACUUAAACAGAGUUUAAUGCAGAGACAGAGAGAAUUGGAGACGUUUUCACCAACAGAUUUAGAAAGAAUGGAUACAGAAAUCAAAGUUUGAUUACCAUAGUGAUGAUAUAUUAAGUUAAUGUGUGCUACACUUAUAUGAAUGUCAAUAUCUCCCUUUCUUGUUUUGACAAAGACAAGGAAAAAAUACAGUUUUUUUUAUAAGAUGGUUAUGGCAGAGUUGGCUUUUUUUCUGUAAUGAAAUGUGUGAAAUCUUGUAUUAAAAAAUGGGCGGGGGACAUUUCUUGUCUUUGUGAAAAUAAGAAGGAAUAUUGUCAAAGGUUUUGUUAGAAUUCAACUGUACUCUGAUGUUAAAUAUUAUACUUUAACUAUUUACACUUGUACAAUCCAAACUGAUCGGUCUUAUUUAUAAUUUUAAAACAAUGCUUAUUUUACUCUGAUAUAAUUUCCUAAAGAACGACCUAAAGGACAAAAUUCAAAAUACCAGUCCAACUGUGACAGCCCAUGAAAAGUGGAGGCAAGUGCAAGCCAUUGUCCAUCCCAACUAGCACAGGCCUAAGCAGAAUUCAACUUUAAUAAUUUUUUUCAAUUGUGAAAAUUUUAUUUUAGAAAAUGGUGAAAAUUUUAGUUUAGGAACAAGGUUAGACUUCAUAAACUGUUAACUCAGCUACAUGGAAGAUCAUAAUUAUAUAAGCUAGUUUUGCCCUUUAUCUCCCAUUCAAAAUUGUAAAAAGGACUUGCAGUUUUGAGCAUACAUACUAGAAGUAACACUUCUGUAAUGUAAAUUGAAUUUUGAAACUUUCGUCAAUAAAUUUUACAGAGUGUGACUACAAGAACAUGAAUGUAGGUUUGAUAGCUUUUUCAUGAAAAAAUUGUUUAUUAGCUGUACAGAUGUUUAUAGUUUGUAGAUAUGGUAGAUAUAGAAAGAAUAAAGUUUGUACAGUGUAUAUAUAAAUGUUAUUUAUUUCUUGUGUAUAUAUUUAUAUAUACUACAUGUAUAUAUCUCUUUGAAAAUUAUAUUUUCAAGUGUUAAGAAACAUUAGUACGCCCUUUCUCUUAUACGGUUGGUUGUUAAAUUUGAGCUUUCUGAUAUCAAAAUCCCCCUAAAAUAACAAUUUGUGUUACAGAUUUAAUUUAGAGCAGGUCCAUUUUAUACAAAUUGAUGUUGACACAGGAAUUGAUACACUUCUGUACAUGAUAUUAAUGCCAUUAAUAAAUACUUCAUAUUGUUAAUAUAUAUUAUAAUUUUGUGAUUAUGGGUUUGUUUGCAAUGUGGGUUUUUCCCAUCUUAUCCUUAGGGUACAAACAAACUUUCAUGGUGCACUUAUACUAACCAUUGACAAUAGAAUUAUUCAACCUGUUGCGGUUAUUAUUGAUACUUUUUAUCAAGUUGUAACUUCUAAAACGGGAUAAGAUGGGAAGAUCCCAAACUUGCCAGAUUUCGGAGUAAUACUAUUAAUAUGGCUUGGAUAUUUAUGGUAACAUGUUAAUUCCAUUCUAGAUAGUGACAUGUGAAGGUUGCAUAAAAUAAAAUGCUUGGUCUUUUUUUGAAUGUUUUAACAUUCUAAUAUAUAAGAUAUUAUUGUGUAAAAACUCAAGUUAUGUAGAAACCUUUAUUAUUAGAAAUGUAACUAUAUUUAUUUAAAACAGAAUAUAGAUAGGCAUUAUUAUAUUGUUGUUGCUUUUUGUACAGAAAAAAUAUAUGUAAUGUUAUAAUACUGAUGUUAGCUAGGGCAAGCAAUCUGACU